AUGGAUGCUACGUGGGCUCAGUAUUUGAGAGUUAAGACUGCAGAGAUCCUAUUACUUCUGCGCAUUCAUUCAAACCAAUUUUCGUGUUUUGUUCUUGUGGUGAAGGGUGUUCUGUUGUACCUAAACCCGCUGUACCCUGGGCUAAUCCGGAAUGUGACCCUCGUUGGAAUCAGUAUAUGUCUGGUUCUCUACCUUGUCCGCAACGACCGAUGUAUCGACCAGUCGGUCCUAUCUCGUGCAGACGGUGUGGUGCUCGCUGGGUUCUACAUUGUCACGGGUCUUGUCAGUCUAGUAAACUGGCUAUGCCCCGGAAUCCUACCCGAACCGAGAGUCGCCACCGAGGCGACGAUGAUAACGGUAUAUUUAUCAUGGAUGGGUCUUGUGCAUACCAUUCUCUACUCACGAACUUCAUACUUCGAGUGCGAUGGUACGUUUGGAUUAGCGGGCAGGUACUAUGAAGACUUCCUGAGACUCGGAAUGUGCUGGAAUAGUGUGCUAUGUUUGAGCCGUACUCAAGAGAUGAAGGCCUUGGAAAGCCUUUCCUGGUAUACCGUAUCCUGA